GUCCGAUUUGUGUCCACUUCUACUCCGCGAGGGAUGUAAACCUGUUUUGUAUAUCAUAUUUGAAAGUUUCAAACACAUGCGCUUAGCAGUCCACGUUGUAGCCCUGUAAUGUGUGGGGGCGAAUUUUCGAUUUAUGGGCGUGUGGCGACACCUUCCCAGAACCGCCUGCAUCACCGUGAGUCCUUCAACCUUCUUCUUCCAGCGGCUGUGUUAUUGUUUAAUGCUCUUCAAUCGUCGCGAGGGAAACUCAAGGCCAAACACUCUUCUAGCUGGCGUUCCUGGCGAGGCUUGAGUUGUAUACUGAGUCCUUUGGCUACCGAUUCUAGCAUAAAUAUGCUAUGCUAAAUGAUACCAACGGCCCCGCAUGGUUCGGUUCAGCAUGUUUCGGUCACUCCUUAAAUUCCCCACCAAGCACCGCGGUCAUGAAGACGCAGAGAAGGAACUCGUUGAAGUCAUGGACCUUUUCUCCGAAUACCCAUUGCACCUGUCAGAGACUGACAAGACCGAGUUUAAGGAUGAACAUGACAGACUUCAGCGCGAAAUUCGAUUGAAUGUGGAUAUAAUAUCGGAUGACUGCAGAGCCCUCAAAGGCAAAGUUAAAAAGACGAUCGACGAUCGUAGAGUAGCUUAUGUGAGGAGAGAAGUUUCAGUACCCACAGGUGUAGGUGGACUCGGAGGCCACCAGAAGUUGAACCCAUCACCUGCUAGAGUUGCAUUAGAGACAAACUCUAGCCACUCAGAUCAACCACCGGACGUCAAGACCAUAGCGUCGCUUUCUACAACAUUAGCAGGCACGUUGCCCACUGAUAAGACUCGUUUCAAACCUCAGUCAGGUGUCCCUUCCGUUAACCCUCGUUCUGGCCUCCCUCAAAGCCAUCAUAUUCCUACACACGCUAACUUGAAGCAGGCGAUUUCCCAAGUAACGUCGGGAAUCUCGAGUGAAGUGGACUCGAUGGUCAUGGUGGGCACUACUGCGAAGUGUCCAACUCUGAACAUCGACUCCCCAGAUUGCACUGGUGCUAGUACGAACUUUGAUCAAUGCUUUUUGACGAGAUUGACAACCUCAACCACAGAAAUCCUCUCGCAUGGGCCCCAGAUUGCUCAGCAGGUACCUCAGCCCGCUCGCCCUCGCCGAGCUGUUGGUAGGCGUGCACAACAGCAACCCCGUAAUUUCAUGCAAGGAAACUAUUCGAGCAAUAGUUCUAUGAUACUCUGCGGUUCCAAUGUGACGGGUGCUACGUUGAAUAUCAAUUCCACAAACUCCUCCGGAGCUGUGUUUCAUCAUGAUAACCAUCUCAAGAGAGUUCGAUAGAGAAGAAGGAUAGAGAUGAUCGACCCUUAGUAUGGGGAGCAUCAAAGACGUGGUCCGGGUGCAUCAUAUGUUCAACCGUGAUUAGCCAGAUAGUUUAUCUCAGUCUUAAUACGGGCAAUGGCAAUGUCAGAAUCUUCACAAUUGGCUUUC